AUGGAGCGGCCGAAGUCUUCGAGCGGACAAACGUCGCUGUUCCAGGUCUAUCUGCGACUACGCCCGCCGAUCCAGAACAAACAUGAUGCAAAACAAGAGCCCUUUUUGUCCAUUGAGCCUCCCGAGGGCGAUGAGCCGUUCCCAACUCACAUCACAGUCCAGCCGCCGAAUGAUGCGAGAAAACGGGCCGUCGAGAAAUUCGCAUUCACCAAAGUGUUCGAGGAAGAAGCUACACAGCUCGACGUCUUUCAGGAGUCUGGCAUGCCAUCAUUGAUUAAUGCCGUGCUUUUGGAAAACAGGGAUAGCCUGGUGGCGACGCUGGGAGUCACAGGAAGUGGGAAGAGCCACACGAUCCUAGGAUCCAAGACGCAGAGAGGUAUAACACAGAUGUCUCUUGAUAUCAUCUUUAGGUCUCUCGAAAAAACCAUACAAGUUCCGGACGAUGAAGCAGAGAAUCCUCUCCUCGAUUCCGUUGCAGCAUCAGAUCCGUCAGAAGCCCAGAUUUACGCUGCAGACCACUUUCUUGAGAUGAUCUAUGGUGACGGAGAUCGAGGACGGAUCUCAAGAGCGCAGACACCAAUGUCCAGGUCUCAGACGCCCAUGGUAGGCCAUUCAUCCCAACUCGGCAUCUCAGCAUUAUUGGGGAAGAAUGUACAUACAUCGGCUUUAUCUCAUUCAGCACUUGAACAAAUACACCAAAAAGCACAUAUAUACCCCUUUAUCCCUCAGCUUCCAACCUAUAAGUCCGAUAAUAAUCAAAACACAACUUGGAGCCCAUGCACAUCACCAAAGCUUCCCUCUCAAUUGCCCUUUUGGAACAGAAAUCACAGCAACACAUCAAAGAAUGUUACUAAACGGCAUCUCAAGGAUUCAUUCAUAGGAACAAGCUCGCGUCGCCCCCACCUCCCUCGAGUUAGCAUCUUACCCCAAGACCCUGAUACAAGUGGCAUUGAAAUCUCCGUCCCUGAAACCGAUGAGCAUGUUGUCCUUGUGUCGAUGUACGAAGUGUAUAACGACCGAAUCUUCGACCUCCUCUCUCCAGCCAGCCAAGUUAACGGAACGCGAGCUGCAAAUAACCAGAAAGACCGUCGACGACCAUUGCUUUUCAAAUCAACCGAAGGCUCAACAGAUCGUAAAGUCGUUGCCGGGUUACGGAAAGUUGUUUGCUCAACAUAUGAGGAAGCCCUGAUGGUCCUUGAGACCGGAUUGACUGAGCGAAGAGUUACAGGCACGGGAAGCAACAGCGUCAGCUCUAGAAGCCACGGGUUCUUCUGCGUUGAAGUCAAAAAGAAGGUCGUGGAUAGGAGAUAUGGUUACGAAUCAUGGGCCGGACAUACAUUUACCAUUGUUGAUCUUGCGGGUUCUGAGCGAGCAAGAAACGCAAAAACUGCCGGAGCCACGCUUGCGGAAGCUGGUAAAAUUAACGAGAGUCUGAUGUAUCUUGGGCAAUGUCUACAGAUGCAGUCAGAUCUCCAGGAUGGUAAUAAGGCCCUCGUACCAUUCAGGCAGUGUAAACUCACAGAGCUCCUGUUUUCAAAUUCCUUCCCGUCACCAAACAAUGCAUCGUCAAAUUCACAUCCAAGGAAUUCCCAAAGGGCCGUCAUGCUGGUAAUGGCCGACCCCCUAGGUGAUUUCAACGCAACCUCUCAGAUGUUACGAUACUCCGCUCUCGCUAGAGAGGUUACUGUUCCAAGAAUUCCAUCUAUAACCAGCACGAUACUAUCUGCUCCCCCUAGCUCAGCUACACCAAAGCCCGGCCCUGGUGCCUCAAGUAAGGCUCAAGCCGCUUAUGCAGACCAGCUAGAACUCGCGGCCUUGGAAAUUGCGCAGAUAAGUGAUGAAUAUGAAGCACUUGCUGUCAGAUUCUCUGAGGAACAAGCCCUGAGGAUUGAAGCAGAGUUCAAGCUCAAAGCUGCUGAAGAGCGAUGUCUAGUCAUCGAACAAGAUAUUCGAGAAGAAUGUUGGGCCGAGAUGGAAGAACGUAUGGACGAAGAGAAACGACGGUGGCAAGCUGCCUUGGAUGAAGAGACUUCUCGAAAUGAGAACCACCUAGAUAUGAAGAUCGACAUCCUUUCCCGAGGUAUUAAGACCGAAAGAAUAAACGACUUAGAAUCUGAAAAUGAUGCAUUACGACGCAAAAUAGAGCAACUGGAAAGAGAACUCCAUUCUAGAUCUCCAACAAAAAAAACUAGAUCCAAGAAAAACACUAUACCCGGUCGAUUUGAUUCCACAGAUUACAGCUUCAUACCCGCUAAUGAAAGUGACACUGAGAAUACCCAGCUCGACAUGAAGAAGUUCAAUAUCAAGUCCAGCCCACUUGCACAGUCUGGAAAACCGAAAAAGUUAACUACCAGACAGUGGGAUCUAGCUCCCGAAGGCGCAUAUGAUUGA